UCCUGGCAAACCGAUUGUCACAGCACCACACCCGGAGCGAGGGAUGGGCCGGUUAGUCCACUGGCCAAAGUACGGCCGAGUCCGGCUGGCCUGGCCAGCCGAGCCCGGCCCCAUCCAGGAUGUUCCUGCCGCCUAUCAGUGUGCAGCCGAACAGGCCUUGGCACGUUUUAUCUUGUCACCUCUCCCCGCUUUGUGAAACGUGCGGUUACAGGAGGAAACGUGCGGUUGACGGUUCUCUCGUAUCGUUUUGGUUGUUUCUCUUUUUUGUUACGCGGUUGCUUAAAAGCAUCUAGACUUCCUGAGAAGGUUCACGAUGAGCGCAUUAUUUUAUCCAUCUCUACAAUUCUGGAAGCAAAUGAUGGAACUACUGCUCGUCAGACUGUGAUCCCGAUUAAUAACCAGUUUCGCAUUAUACAAGAGGCUGAAGAGGCACUUUUGAUUGAUGAUCCUUUUACACGGAUAUGUCGGGUCCAUAUACAAGGAGACCAGGCUCACUGCUGCUUUGAACUGCCAGAUGACGAGUCCUGCCUCAGCUUCCUCACUGAAGUGAAAAAGGUUCAACAAGCUACAUUUAAAAGCAUUGGUGUUGAAAAAGUGGCGAUGGAUCCAUUUGGAAUAGAAUCAGCAGGUUGGCCCCAAUAUGGUUUGUUACAACGUGGCAAAGAAACUGGAGCAAGUAAAUCAGAGCUUGGGUUUGAUGAUAAUUUCAUUGAUGUUCUAAAUUUGGAAAAGAAGAAUCAACUGAAUCAAGCUGGAAGCAGAGUUGCUCCUGUGGCAGUGUCUUCCCGUACCAACAAGCUAUCCACUGAAAGAGAUGGGUCAAGGAAUGGACAACCAAGAGUAACCAACACCAUGCGGAAGCUUUUUGAACCAAGUAAUCAAUCGGUAGCCAGAGAAGGUCUGAUUAAACAUUGCCUAACAAAACGUGAAAAAGAAUUUGUCGACUUUCAAGAUUUUAGGUUUUUUGUUGGGACCUGGAAUGUAAAUGGACAGUCUCCAGAUUGUAGUCUGGAUUCCUGGUUGGCUACUGAUACACACCCACCUGAUGUGUACUGUCUGGGCUUUCAGGAGUUGGAUCUAAGUACUGAAGCCUUCUUUUACUUUGACUCUUACAAAGAGCAGGAAUGGUUGAAUGCUACAGAAAGAAGUUUGCAUCCUAAAUGUAAAUAUAGCAAAUUGAAGCUGGUUCGAUUAGUUGGAAUGAUGUUGAUUGUUUUCGUGAAAAAGGAGCACGUAAAGCGCAUAAAAGAUGUGGAAGCAGAGUCUGUAGGAACAGGAAUUAUGGGAAAAAUGGGAAACAAAGGCGGAGUGGCAGUUCGUUUUGUCUUUCACAACACAAGUUUCUGCAUUGUGAAUUCUCACCUUGCUGCUCAUGUGGAAGACUUUGAGAGACGGAAUCAGGAUUAUAAAGACAUAUGUGUUCGAAUGAGUUUCCAAGUGUCUGAACAUAAUCAACCUUCUAUAAACAUUAGUAAACAUGACAUUGUUAUUUGGCUUGGAGACCUGAAUUACAGACUCUGUCUCCCAGAUGCCAAUGAAGUGAAGGCACUGAUAGAGAAGCAAGAAUUAAGGAAGCUAUUAGAAUAUGACCAGCUGAAUAUUCAACGAAGGACUAAAAAAGCCUUUGCAGACUUCAGUGAGGGGGAAAUUAAUUUCAGACCUACUUACAAAUAUGAUACUAAAUCAGACCGAUGGGACUCGAGUGGCAAAUGUCGUAUCCCAGCUUGGUGUGACCGAGUUCUCUGGAGAGGUGAAAGUGUCCGGCAGAAAUGUUAUCGAAGUCACAUGGAACUUCGAACCAGUGAUCACAAACCUGUCAGCUCACUUCUGGAUAUAGGGGUGAAAAUUGUAAAUGAGCAAAGGUACAAGAAAGUUUUUGAAGAUAUUGUUCGAGUGAUGGAUCGAAUGGAAAACGAGUUCUUGCCUUCUUUAGCUCUUAGUAAGCGAGAAUUUACUUUUGAGGAUGUUAAAUUCCGACAGCUGCAAAAGAGAUGGUUUCAGAUUACUAAUGAUGGGCAAGUGCCAUGUCAUUUCUCCUUCAUUCCAAAAUUGAAUGACAGUCAUUACAGCAAGCAGUGGCUAAAGGCAGAACCUUGUGAAGGAUAUCUUGAACCCAAUGAAUUUGUGGAUAUUGCACUGGAAGUUUAUGUUAGCAAGGGCAGUGUGACAUUAUUAAACUCGGCUGAGGACAAGAUUGAAGACAUCUUGGUUUUGCAUCUGGAUCGAGGAAAGGACUAUUUUCUUACAAUUGGGGGGAAUUAUUUGCCAAGUUGCUUUGGUACAUCACUUGAAACACUUUGUCGAAUGAAAAAGCCAAUCAGGGACGUGCCAGUCACUAAACUUAUAGACCUGGAUGAUGACCACAUGUUUACAAAGGAGAAAUCUCAGUUAGACCUCGUCACUAUGGAUAAUAUAGGAACUGACAAACAACCUCUACAAAUUCCAAAGGAAAUUUGGUUGUUAGUAGAUCAUCUCUUUAAGAAUGCAAUUCGUCAGGAGGACCUGUUCCAGACUCCUGGUAUGCAGGAAGAACUUGAGCAGAUUUUUGACUGCUUGGACACAAGUAUUCCACUAACUAUUCCUGGCGGCAACCAUUCAGUAGCUGAAGCUCUACUCAUCUUCCUUGAAGCACUCCCAGAACCUGUGAUAUGUUAUGAGCUUUACCAACGAUGCCUAGAAUGUUCAUAUGAUCAACGCAGCUGUCAAAAUUUGAUAUCUCAAUUGCCCCGGAGUCACAGAAAUGUGUUUCGGUACUUGAUGUCAUUUCUGCGGGAAUUGCUGAACUAUGCAGAAGACAACAAGCUUGAUGCCAAGAUGCUAGCUACCCUCUUUGCAAGUCUGCUUUUGAGGCCACCACCAAACUUUGUUGGGCGGCAAACCCAAAAUGAUAGACAACGUGCUCUGAACUUCAUCUAUGUCUUCCUGGGUGGAGAUAACUGAUUUUUGGACAUACUUCUGACCAUGUCUUCACUGCACUGUGAUCGUAUUACAAAUGUACAUCAAAAUGGUGAUCGAUAGAUACAGAUACUUGAGCCUUUUAUUCCAGUAUAUGCCAAUAUCAAUUUUUGUGGUAGGUAGUCCCAAAAUCUUUCUUGCCAAGCAGUGACUGCCAUAAACUGGUUCCAUGUGAACAUAGACACUUGCAUUCAUUGUACAAACCACUUUUUUGAUUGUGAAUUUUUAUUUGCCAAUUAAUGCAUAAAAUAUUUCAGCAUUGUACCCAAUGUCUAUUUUUAUUACCAGCUUGCUGCAUAUUGGACUAAAACAUUUUAAAUAAUUUACACAGCUUAAUAAUACUGAGCAAGGGUAACUCUAUCAGAUUAAGUAGAAAAUGCAGUGAUGCAUCGCAGGAUGAAAUGUCCAAAUACGUCUUUUUAACCUCCUACCAUUAAAACAAAUUUCUCAACUAUAUUUGAAAUAACUGAAUAGAAAUUAGCUUAGUAAGAGGGCAGUAAACUUCCAUUCGGUGAAUGUAUUUCAUCUGACAGCUGUGAUGGAACUUGUCUGUUUGAUUUGGUUGUGUUUCCUGGAUGGGUUUUAGGAAAGAUUAAUGUAUAUAAAAUGUUCAUCCAGAUUACUGAGUAAUAAUGGUAGAGAUGGUGAAUUUAAUUGUGUGCAGCAGUGCUCAAUGCAAUGGCUUAAUGUUCAGAAAUCCAAGUAUAAUAUGUGUCAGAGCAAAACUAUUGUGGCAUUUUAAACUUUAAUGAAAUUGUGAAAUUUCUAAAUAAUCCCUACAGACACAGGGAAGACAGCAGAUACUGGAAAUCAGGAGCAACAUGGAGGGGAAAGAUCUGGCGGAAUUCAGCAGGUCAGGUAGCAUCUACGCAGAGAAAUGAAGAGUCAAUGUCUAAGGCUGAGACACUUUGUCAGGACUUGAAAGAAAAGACAGAAGCUCGGCUUCUUUCUUUACAGUCUUGAUGAAGGGUCUUGGCCUGAAACGUCAACUAUUCAUUUUUCUGUAUAGAUCCUCCUGACUAGUUGAGUUCCUCCAGCACUUUUUUUUAAAUAUAUGUUGCUCCAGCAUUAGACUACAGAUAAAGUUUGGAUACUGAAUUCAUUCAAAUUAUAUUGUGUAUUUUCAAGAGUGAUACAAAGCUUUUAAUUUUCAUAUAUUUAUUGAAGAUCAUAUUUGUUCAACAAGCAGCAUUUUAUUAUACCUGUAUAUUAUUUAUGGUUUCUUUAAUGAAGUACAAGUUAGUGUCAUGCAAGGAAAAAGCACUACCUCUUAUGGAAUAAUAAAUUGCAGUUCUGGAACCCAAAGCUCUCUCCAGUCUAUGAAGAAUUCAGAUUUAAUUACAACCCAAUUAUUUCACUGAGUUUUUUCUUGCUGUCCUGAGGCUACCUGUCAAUCAGAAUAGUAUAGCAGUAUUACAGAACAACCCUGCCAUUCAGUCAAUCAGACAAUUACAUGAAUUAUAAGAUGAAGGAAGUAGAAGACGUAUUUUAGUUUGAUAUAUUUGUUCUACUGGAAUUGUUGGGUUGAAUCUUUAUUAUUCGAUCACCAGUUUUUAUAAAAAAGCGCUAAAUAAUCAGUUUAAACUGGUUUAGUGUUGCCAGAUCCCAGUCAUGGGAAGACAUUCGUGUGUGUGUGUGUGUGUGUGUAUAUAUAUAUUUAAAAGUAAAACUAUGGCAUUAAGUUUAUGUGUAGAACAGAGUAUUUUCAAAAUAAUGUAUGCAGCUCGAGAAGGUAUAGAAAUCGUUUUUGAAAAAAGAACUACAACCUCUCCUUGAUAUGAUAUGCUUGUAAAUGUCUGUAAAAGCAUCUUUUAUUGAACCUCUUCGCUCAGCUAAUACCAACACUACAGAUCUUCAGUUGCAUUUUUAAUUGGCGUUUCCCUCAGAUCAGAAUGCCUGGAUAAGAUGAAAAUGGCACUUUUGUACACUCUGUUUUUAAUACAAUUUGGCAUGAACCUAACAGCUAAAAAUUGUCAGUCAAUUAAUCCAUUUACAUGCAAGUUGAAAUGAAAUUUAUAAUCGUGGCUUGAUUAUAAAUUCACUGUACAAAGAAAAGCAAAAACAGCAGUUGUGUAACACUUGCAGUCCCUUACCAGCCGACGAUCAAUGGGCAUUCAUUUAAACUAUGAAGUAAAUGAAAAUAUUUGAAAUUCCUGUCGUUGAUCGUGUUGAAUGAUUGGUCAUUUGAAGUUUUUAUCUGCAUUGUUUUAAUCAAUGUUAUGCCAGCUCAAUAAAUAUGCUGAAUUUAUGAAAGGCAUACUCCAAAGGACCUGAUACAAAAAUUAUUCAAUCUGUUUGAUAUGGUGAGAAAAACUUGGAAUAAUUAGAUACCAAACAAUGUUCAUAAUUGCUGUCCAAUACACUACAAUGUAUAUUUUGGUCUCUGGGUUAUUUCAUUACCUUAAGUUACAUUUUUCAAUUAAAUCCAUUUAAUUCUCUUCAAA